CAUGUUUCUCCUCUUUGCUUUAUUUCAUCUCUUCAUGUUUGCAGUUCAUUUCGUAACUGUCGGAGGUGGUGAUGUCUGCAGACAAGUGCAUUUCUUAGAAGCCAUUGCUGAUAAAGCCCUAAGUGGUCACGUGGUUAAAACGAUACCAGUGGAGACAGAUGGUCAAUGUGAGGUUGCUUGUUACGACGACCUCAUGUGUCUCUCUUAUAACAUAGGACCCAAACAGGCCGAUAGACAUCAGUGUGAGCUCAGCAAAUCGGAUCACAUCCGAGACCCUGGUAAUUUAGUUCCCAUGGCAGGGUACACGUACAGACCAACUGAGAAUCGCUGUUCGUCAAGUCCGUGCUCUGAUAAUGCUACUUGUCUUUCCCUCACGGAGACAAUUUUCCAGUGCCUGUGUCCCGCGGGAUUUACUGGGAACAGCUGUGAAACGGACAUAGACGAGUGUCAAACCAACCAGUACAUCUGCCCGGUGAACGAGGAGUGCAUUAACACCGCGGGCUCGUAUGUAUGCAACUGUGUCAGCGGUGUGUUCGAUGACGCAGGGGUCUGCCAACUGCGGACAGGAACUAAUUGCAAGGAGAUCAAGACGGCAUUCCCAAGUGCUCCAGAUGGGAUGUACGAAAUUCAACCGAACAACGGGCUCAGCAAAUUCUGGGCAUAUUGUGAUAUGACGUUAUUUGGCGGGGGAUGGACGAUGUGUUACUCGACUGACAACCUUGCUCGCCCAAAAACAGAGGUGACCUAUGACGAGAAUCAUCCUUAUGGAACAGAUGGUUACCGAACCGACUGCAAUAAUAUUCAGUUUCGUGAAAUCCUUUUUGUAGACGAGACCACGAAUGAAACAGCUUUCUUUACCUACAAACUCAACUCCAGUCUCUUGGCAACGGAAAAUUACGGAACACAAAUCUCCGGCCUGUGGUUAGGUGGAGGUGUAGCCACCAAAAGUUAUGAGUACCAGCUUCGUAUGUGUGACCACAGCUUCUACUCUGGCUUUUUCAUAUCCGGUUUUAAAAACUGUUAUAAGAAGUGCUAUCGUUGGUGUAGUGAUCAUGUUUCUCCUUACUUCCGGUCAGCGUCCACUCAUCCAAGUUUUGCCGGAGUCGCCUUUAAUGUCAAUGGACAUCGGCCGCUAGGUAGCCGACUAAUAAGUGUUGGACUGAGAUAAAUUAUGGCUGAAAGAGCUUU